GGGUGCGUCGUGAGUUGAAUCCAGCCAUCUAACCAGCGUGACCAAACUCCGAGUGCCUGCCUCGUCGCCGAGCGCCUCGCGCUCGGGCAUCUUGACGCUCAGCAGAGAGCUGCGAGGAAAAGUGUCCUCGAUGGUGGCCUUAGCAUAGGGGGCUGUCUUUGGGCCUGGCCAAACAAGUGUUUCCAGCCGCGCAGUUGUUCACAGGACACAGCCCUCGCCCGCUGUGGCUCGAGAUGUGUGCCCGAGAGCGAGGGGCUUUGCCGCGUGCCGUUCACGCGUGGCUGGCGAUCCAGAUUAUAGCUCCGCGACUCAGAGUGUCCAGAAAUUGCGGUCCGAAUGAACCCCCUCGCCUCCUUGACAGUGUUUGCUCGCAGGCAGUCGGCAGACUCCGGUGCUGACUCCGAUGCGUACGAUGCGCCUCUUGUGGAGAAGCGCGCCGAGUCACAGUCUGGCGGGCCAUACGUGCUUGGAUGCUUGCCGUUUUUCGUGGUGGACAUCUUGAAGAUGAAGGACGCAGAGAAGAAUUGUCCGCGUUCACAUUGCAUCGGUCCCGUCAUCAAGCUAGCAAUGUGGUGCCCGCUCGUGCACUCAUUUGUGAUGUUCUGUUUCAUGGGGGUGGGUCUCCUGCACAUGUCGUGCCAGAACAAGAACGGGGGACCACUUAGCAAGCCCAAGAUUUCGUAUCCACCAUGGUGGUUCUUGCCGGCCGGGGCCAGCUGCAUCGCCCUGAUGUUGUUCGAGGUGUACAUCGCGAAGUAUUCGAGCAUCUCGUACACCGACAAAGCCAGCAAGCAGUUUGCAAAAAAACACGAGAACGAGAAGCGCCCAAUAGGGCUUAGCCACUGCCCAGAUUGCCGCAUCCAAAAGGAAUCGACGCCAGGAGGCCCGUUGUCUGAUCCCGAGGCCGAAGGUGUACUUGAGUGCCGCCACUGCGGGAAAGCGUUAAAGCAGGGCCGUCUCCCAGUAGGAUGGCCAUGCAUGCCCGUCACUGUGAUCGACGCCUUGCUGUCCCGCUGCUGCUUCUCUGGAGAGUCCGCGCCAGGUGGCACGAAGAGCAGGAGAAGUUGUACUUCAACGUGUGGUUCCUCUGGCUCUUCGUACUGGGGACGAUAACCGUGUACGGGCGGCUCCAGGCGAACACCUUCCUGGGGAUGGUCCUCUACGGCUUCCUGACUGGCAACCCCGCCGAGGCCACGGACCACAUCUGGAAAGAGACGUCGACAUUCCACAUUUCGCUCGAGGCGAUCCUCCUCGUGAUGGCCUUCGCCCAGAUCUGCCACUACGCGUUCGGCGUGCUGAGCUACUGCCCGCGCUGGGCGAAGACUGCUGCCCACAAGCGGUGGCAGUACGGGAAGAACGGCGGGCUCGGCAGGUGGUCGCCCUGGGGCAGGAGCUUUGAGUUCGAAGUCAAGGGGAUCGCGACAGCCGAUGAACAUAUCACGGACAUGUCGAGGUGGCAGCAGUGGAUGGAUGGAUUCGAGGGCGCAACCGCCAUGGUCACAACGUCGAGUGCGAGUAGUGCAAACGGCAAGGAUGUCUUCAUCACGGUCCCUAGAGGAGGUCCUGCGAAAACCGGUAAGGGCGAGUACACCCCGUCUGAUGCAGAUUUCCCGAUUUCCGUGCAGUGGACAACCAACAGGCACGCGUACACCACCCUGUUCGGCGAGGAGAUGAUGCACGGCGCUUCGCGCGCGAGCGCGGCUGGACAGGGCUCUCCAUCCGAAUCGGGUCGGCGGACGUCAUCUACGGUCAUGGACGUUAUCGCGGAGUGCUGUAGCAUGGGUAUCUUGUUGGAGAUGCAGUGCCUUGAGCUCCACGAACACGCUAAGGCAGCUGGCCAUCUCACCAAGUACGAAGGCGAAGAUACUCACACGGAGAAGAUGUCUGGCGAGCUCAUCCAGGCUGUGCGAGCGCUCAUGAACAGCGCCGUCACUAUCACGAGAUGUGUUUUCUCGCGGGUGUUCAUCUACGGCGUCUGCUUCUGCGGCACCUAUCUGCACUUCCAGACCACUUAUGCGAAUGUGCUCUGUGUGGGCUCGGCGUCGGAGUCGUGCAACGGCGCUAAGGCGCUCUGGGUCGGCAUCGGGGCGGCAUUUGUGUCGAUGCUCCUCGUGUUGGCGAAGAUUGUUUCCAUUGCCAAGUAUCCUGGCGGCGCGCACGCGGGGGUGGCGCGAGGGGGGCCGGCCUUGUUGAGAAGGGGGGAGCUUCUGAGAAGGAAGGCCAGACGGGGCCAGGACGAGGACGAAUCCGUUCCGGAGCAUUCCGCAGUGCUCCCAGAGAGUGCCGGAACGUUCCGAAGGCCGCAGAGCCCGAGACAUCCUCCGAUCUGCGAGAUCCCAGAUACUCUCGACUCAGCAUCACCCGAUCUGAUCCUCUUUUGCUUUCCGGCUUCCUAUAAGCCGCCUAAGAAGCCAGCGGAGCCUUCUAGGAAGGCCCUUGCCCUCCGAAAAAGCCCCCGCCUUCUGAGAAGGCCGCCCUCGCCGCGCACACCCUCCUGCUGUGCGCCACCGAGUAUCAACGUAAUGUGUGGGCCAUCUACUCGCGCUAUCAGAAAGUUCUCAAGUCCGAGCACGCUGAACUGAAGCGAUUCAGCAGUUUCCUUGGGCAGAUCCGUGACGCCAAGUGCAAACUGGUCCUCCUGUCCGCGCUGCUGUUCUCAUCGUCUGUCAUGUUCGUCUGGAUCUUUGUGUGGUUGCUUGUCAAGUGGUACAUGGAGACAUUUGUCUGCGAAAGCCGAAUGUGGAAUAUCCCCGCCAUGCUGAACUUGACGGACCUUAUGAGUGGUUGUGUCAAUUUGAACUAGCAGGCAAAAGGCCAAUGAGCCAAUCAUUUUCCUGUGUUUCACGUGCGUCUGGCAGCGCGCUAGAAAUAGUGACCAGUGCGUCAGAUGGCACGUCAGGACUGGCAUCUCAAGACCCGAAUGACAAACAUGUGAGGCCAAUGAACUCGCGCGUGCGUCUCGGGAGGUCGGGCAAGGCUCCACCACGCUGGCAAAAGGCAUCUGCGCACCACUAUGCCCUUGUGUGUAAUUCUGUAAGGGCCCAUGAGCUUAAGUGUAUAUGUAGAGUGUGCCUCAGUGUGUUCAGUUACAUGUCCGUUCCGUUGGCAUUUUGGUCAUAGGCACCUUUAGCAACCUGCGUUCUUGUCCGAGCGCCCAGAAC